AGAACCAGGAAAUUUGAAUCUCUGAGUAAACACCCGUACUUCGUAGAACCAGGAAAUUCGAAUCUCUGAGUAAACACCCGUACUUUGCAGAACCAGGAAAUUCGAAUCUCUGAGUAAACACCCGUCCUUCGCAGAACCAGGAAGUACGAAUCUAUGUCUACCUCUGUUUGGGAUUUAAAAAUCAUCUACAGCCGGAUCUCAGUGAUGGUGACUCCAGCUCAAGAAAACUGCCAACCUGCCGUUCAACAUGAAUCUGAGAAGUAAACAUUUGGAGGCUUCAUCUUUGUUGAUAUUUUUGGUCAAAGUCUUCCGUGUGAAUAUGCUGACUUGUCAUCCAACUGAGUAUCAGAUAGGGAAAGAAUGCUGUCCUCUUUGUCCCUCUGGAAAUCGUGUUAAAACACACUGCACAGAGUUUAGAAGCACUUCCUGUUUGCCCUGUGUGAAUGACACCUUCAUGAAUCUUCCCACUGGACUUAACAAGUGCUUCCCCUGCACGACCUGUGGUCCAGAUUCUGGUCUGAAGACAAACACUUCAUGCACAGCAACAACGGAUUCAGUUUGUGAACCUCUGGAAGGAUUCUACUGUAUCGACCCCACAGGGAACCACUGUGCAGCUGCACAGAAACACAAACAAUGUCAACCAGGGCAGUACAUCACACACAGAGGAACCCCCCUCACAGACUCUCAAUGCUCUGACUGCAGUGACGGAACAUUUUCUGAUGGGACGCUUACGUCUUGUCGACCACACACACAAUGUGAAUCACAAAACCUUCAGCUGAUGCAACCAGGAACACCUUCAACUGACGCUGAAUGUGGAAAUUUAGAAAAUGCAUCAGUUGCAAUCAUCGUUUCAAUGUUUUUUUUGGGUGUUUUGGUGGUUGGUUUAUUAGUCGCCUUGUUUUUGUGGAGAAGACAUCUUGCAGGAAAAAUAAAUGCAUUCAUAAGGGAAAACCCAACUCGAGGAGAAUCUGUGCCGAUGAGACAGCAGAGCAACAGAUAAUCAUUAAGCUUGAUGAAGAAUACAAACUCGUAUUCAUCAAGAAAGGAAACACUCACACUUAACAAGGCAAAGGAGACGUCACGGCAGAAAAUAUCGGACUUUCUUACAACAGAUGAGGAUUAUACAACCACGCCUGAAAAAUACAGAUAUCGAUGAAGACGAGUGGAGUCUGAAUAUUUAGAAAAACAACAUUCACGUGAACGCACCCUGACCCCUGAACACGUCAGAAGUUUGGUGAAAACUCUUGAUAUCUCCCUCUUUUUUGGAUUUAAAAAUUAUCUCCAGCCGGAUUUCAGUGAUGUUGACUUCAGGUCAAGAAAACUGCCAACCUGCCGACUGACAUGAG